AUGGGACAAGGUUACUCCCUCACAACCCUGUCUGCAGGGUCUGCAGGGAUCGAUGUGCCAGAGCUCUCAGACCUGAUGUAUGAGAAGUCGAUGGGUGGGGGCAGAUUCAUGAAGAGCAUCCGUGCUAGACAACAAAAUGGUCUGGUCUUUGUCAAGGUCAUCAUGAAGCCUUACCCCACCAUGGAGCUAGAGCCAUACAUCAAGGAAAUUAUUCGUGAACGCAAGCUCUUAUCUGAUGUGCCCAAUGCAUUGAGCUACGAGAGAAUUCUGGAGACAAGUACCAGUGGAUACCUUGUUCGCCAAUAUAUCCACAGCUCAUUGUAUGAUCGGAUGAGCACACGUCCCUUCUUAGAGGACAUUGAGAAAAAAUGGAUUGCAUUCCAGCUUUUGGGAGCUCUGCGGGAUUGCCAUGCUCUUGACGUAUUUCAUGGGGAUAUUAAAACCGAGAAUAUUCUUGUUACCUCAUGGAAUUGGCUCUAUCUCUCUGACUUCUCUUCCUCAUUCAAACCGACUUUCCUCCCAGAAGAUAAUCCUGCUAACUUUUCUUUCUAUUUUGAUACAUCUGGUAGAAGAACAUGCUAUUUGGCCCCAGAGCGAUUUUUGGUCGCGGGUGAAGAGCCCGGCAAUCGUCAUGUCAACUGGGCAAUGGAUAUCUUCAGUGCCGGCUGUGUGAUUGCCGAGCUGUUCCUUGAGUCGCCAAUCUUUACGCUUAGCCAGAUUUACAAGUAUCGGAAAGGCGAAUACAGUCCGGAACACGGCCAACUCGCGAAAAUCGAGGACCCUGAAAUUCGUGACUUGAUCUUGCAUAUGAUUCAACUAGAGCCGGAGUCACGCUAUUCUGCAGAAGAGUACCUCAACUUCUGGAAGAAUAAAGCGUUUCCAGAGUACUUUUACAGCUUUCUUCAUCAAUACAUGUCUUUAAUGACAGAUCCAUCUUCUGGGAGAACCAAGGUGGACGCGGAAUCAGCCAACAGAGGCGAGUCAGAUGGUAGGAUAGAACGAGUCUGCCUAGACUUUGACAAGAUUUCCUACUUCCUCGGGACGUCAUCUCGAGCAUCCCAGAAAGUGUCUAGCCCUACUGUCGCCCGGCUCACAGGCAACAUCCUCCCUGUCAAACUCGAUCUGCCGGAUGGGGGAACAAUCAACUGUCAGGAACAGAAACGGAUGAAGGUGUCUUGA